AUGUUUUUCAGUGAAGUCCAAUCUUUACACACAUCAGAGAUCUCACACUGGGCGAGAAGCCGUAUUCCUGUCCUGAGUGCGGGAAAUGUUUUUCAGAGAAGUCUGGUCUUCAUAAACAUCAGAGAUCUCACACGGGGGAGAAGCCGUAUUUUUGUCCUGAGUGCGGGAAAUGUUUUUCACAGAAGUCCAGUCUUCGUAAACAUUCACAUCAGAGAUCUCACACGGGGAAGAGAAGCCGUAUUCCUGUCCUGA